AUGUUGAGGAAAUGCAAGCACUUGGAGAAGGCCCAAAGCGAGGUGGCAUCUGAAAACUGGGACUACCUGAGAAACAUUGUUGGUAUCCAAGAGAGAAAGCUCCCUUACAUCGUCUCGAGAUGCCCCAAAAUCCUGACUUUACGUCUCGAUGAGAGGCUCAUCCCCAUGGUAGAGUGUCUCUCCACGCUAGGAAGGAAGCCUCGGGAAGUCGCUUCCGCCAUCACCAAAUUCCCUCCCAUUCUGUCUCAUAGCGUGGAGGAGAAACUCUGUCCCCUUCUUGCUUUCUUCCAAGCAUUGGGUGUGCCUGAGCCUCAACUUGGCAAAAUGAUACUUUUUAACCCCAGGCUCAUCAGCUACAGCAUCGACACCAAGCUCACCCUCAUCGUCAGCUUUCUCGCCAGUCUCGGCCUUGACCAAGAUGGGAUGAUCGGUAGAGUUCUCGUGAAGCACCCUUUUCUUAUGGGGUACAGUGUUGAGAAAAGGUUGCGGCCUACCACUGAAUUCUUGAAAUCACCCGUUGGUCUCACAGAGGAUGGCAUUCAGUCUGUGGUCAUGAAUUUUCCGCAAGUUGUGUGCAGAGACGUGGACAAGAUCCUCAAACCAAAUUAUGACUACUUGAGGGAGUGUGGGUUUGUGGAUGCGCAGAUAGCAACCAUGGUGGCUGGUUAUCCCCCAAUUCUGAUCAAGAGUAUUAAGAAUUCACUAGCACCGAGAAUCAGAUUCCUAGUGGAGGUGAUGGGAAGGGGCAUGGAUGAAGUGGCCACUUAUCCUGACUUCUUUCAGCAUGGAUUGAAGAAGAAGGUAGAAUCACGUUAUAAGCUUGUCAAAAAGAACAACAUUGACUGCAGCCUUAGAGAAAUGCUCGACUGUAACACAAAGAAAUUCCAUGAAAAGUUUGGCUUUUCGGUGGCAACUUCAUCCUCUGCAAGCUUCUAG